AUGGUCACAAGGUCUUGGCCUCCCCAGAUCCUAGCUCUCCCAGAAAAGAGGAGGAGACCCCUCUUGCUCUCCAGGGCCCACCUCCAGGCAGGGCCAUGUCAACACAAACAUCGGGCGCUCCCUGAAUCAGCACCCCUGGUCCUAGACAAGACGCCCUCACCCGGGACCCUGGAGGGCACUCCCUUGCUGCUGGAGCUGCAGAAAUUGCUGGGAUUGGCCAAUACAGACUUGAGUGCCCUGAACCCCAACAUCCAGUUGAGGGCUACAGGGGCGGCCAUGAACCUAGAGGAUUUCUGGAGAGAAGUUAGGCUCAACAGCUCAGCUCUGAAGUCAGGCAUCUCAUCCUGUAUUCCGUGGAGGACGGGGGUCCUGUGUGGGUCAGACAAGGUGACCAUCGAGGUGGCGGUGGAGCCCCAGGCUGAGCUGGACAUGGACCCGAUGGCCGAGCCCAACAAUCGCUGGUCCGAGGGCGCCCCCCGCUGGCUGCCCGCCGAGGAACUCCUCCAGCCCCUAUUCUGGGGCUGCUCGGAGGGCAAGGAAGGGAGGACCCGUCUCAAGGGCAGAGCCCCGGUGGGGGAAGAGCAGGAAGAGGAAGAGGACCACCCUCCCGAGGACAGUGAGGGUGAGGACCAGGAGGAGGACAGUGAGGAGCACGGUGGAGGUGACCACGAGCCGGGCUUCCGCGGGGCCGCAGGAGGCUGGGAGCAGGGCCCACUGUCCCCUGGAGACUGGGCCUUCGAGGAGCCUGAUCGCUAUGACUAUGAUCUUCUGGAGGAGUGGAGCCCCUGGUCUCCCUGCAGUGGGAGCUGUGGCAGCCGCAGCCAGCAAGGACUCUGCGAGUCCCACGCCUACAUGCCCUGUGGCACCACCAGCCUGGCCUCCUCUCUUCCCCAUGGCACCGAGGACAAGGACCCCUUGGGUCUCCCCAGUGAGGGGUGGCAGCCCCUGGCCCAUGAUGCUAUGGACAUGCUCAGCCCAAAUAUGGGCAGUGGUGAGAAGUGGCUGAACUGCAAGAGUGACUUCCUGGUCAAGUACCUGAGCCAGGUGCUGCGGGCCCUGCCCAGCUGUCCGUGCGCGUACCCGCUGGAGGCCGUGUCCAGCGCCGUGAGCCUGCGGGACAAGCAUCAGGGCCGCAGCUUCCGCUGGAGGGACGCCAGGCCGCACGAGCGCCUGGACGUGUACCGGCUCACAGCCCACUUCUGCUCGUGCUCUCUCAGCACGCCGGCCGUCCAGCACUGCUGCUACGACGCGGGCAGUCGGCUGCUGAUCCGGGGCAAGGGUGCCAGCGCCCCCGACCUGGUCAGCACCGACGUCUCGCCCGAGCUUCACUUCAAGGUGGACACGCUGCUCUGGAUCCCGUGUAAGGCGGACUGCAGCCGCUACCACGCGGUGCGGCCCCCCAACAAUGGCCGGGCCUGCGCGGACAGCCCUCCCGAGGAGGAGUACCUGGCCCAGUUGCAGGAAGCCAAGGAGUACUAACGAGGGGCUGCCGCGCUGGACAACGCUUCUUCGCAGGCCCCCCACCUUCGCCCCACCUCUGCCCAGACCUGGUGAGGCAGGCCUGGAGUCUCGAGCCCUCUGCCUGGGAACCUGGGGCGGGCAGGUCAGCGCGGUGUGGGGUCAGCCGAAGGGCAUUUGGGGAAGUCACAUCAGGAAACCGGAUGAGACUAGGUGUGUUCAGAGCCGCUACCUGGAGAAGCUCAGAGAGCCAGAUGUUUCCAGUUACCAUCACACCUGAAGGAGCCACACCACCCACGACCGGCGUCAUAAUGCUCCUUCUGAUUUCCCGUGACUCUCCUUCCAGCACCUCACAAUAACCCACGUGCCUCAGUGCUCCUGAUGCCCACUUCCACAAGCAAACCUCAGGUUUUUGUCAAGGUAAAGCACAAUAUUUGUCCAAUGAUUUAUGUAUUUCUUAUGAUUUAAUAUGUGUAAACUGUGCCACCAAUUUUUACAUUCCUAAAUUUAAAUAUCACUGAUGAAGCUUUUGAGUAUUCUGUCAUGUCCCUAACCCUAUCUUCCCUACAAGCCCUGUGGUUUUUGUUAGAAGAUUCUGCAUAGUGUGGUGAAUUUUAGAAACACGUGUCACGUUAUAGCAGAACUGACUGUAUUUCAAAGUUAACAUGUAUUUAUCUUUACCUCUCUAGGCCUCAGUUUCUUCAUCUAUAAAACGGAGGCUGGAAAAGACGACACCUAUGGUUUCUUUCAGACUGCUAUGUUUUAAUUAAAAAAAAAAAAAAAGACAAAAAUACAUUGUGCCUCUUUGUGACCACUCACUUGAAAAGAGUUUCCAGGUUUUGCCCCAUACAUGUACUCUUUUAACUCUACCGUCUUUCCUCCCUGUCAGGACCAUCCAAGGAUGGCCCCAAUUCUGUCCUAAUACGCUCACAAAAGAGACAUUAAACUAGAGAAUAAAACCAGCCCGUUAUAAUCACAUGCAAGCAGCAUUACCACAGCACUCUAAACUAUUAGGUUCACACUGGAAUUAAAAAAACAAAAGCCAAAAACUCCCAUAGCCUACUUUCAAGUCAUCCAAGAGGCAGAAAAUAGCUAGUCUGAAAAAUGUCACAUUGUAUGCUCCCAAACAGGACAAGGCCCAAAGAUUCAGCAGCCCAGUUGCUACAUCAGUAGAGACUUGUGAGACCCACAGAGAGGAAACCCAUUUAGUGUCCUGCAGAAAUGGACAGAAAAUUUCAACAUUGGAUACUGCUUCCUAUAGGACUCUAAAGCAGCACUAUCCCCCUCGAAAAAAGUUCAUAACCUCUCAAAAACUGUUCUCCCUGGCUCCUGAACAGGUCAAUCAAAAUGCCGUUAACCCCUGUCCUAAAAGCCGAGCACAG